UCAUUUGCUACUCGAUUUGCUGACUAUCCAUUAAGUCCCGAAGUUGGUGAAGGUCCAUAUUUCAUUGAAGAAGAUAUCAUUCGGUCCAAUAUUAUUGAAGAUCGCGAAGGGACAUCUCUCAAUCUUACUUUAAAUCUAAUUGAUUUCGCUACAUGUAAACCAAUUGAAGGAGUAAAAGUUUACAUUUGGCAACCCGAUUACUCAGGCAUUUACUCGGGAUUCAUGGAUAAGGCAAGGAUAAAACGAGAAAAAAUGUAUCCCAAAGAUGCCAGAAGAUUCUUACGAGGAGCUCAAAUAACCGACGACAAUGGUACAGUCUCUUUCGAAACACUAUUCCCAGGACAUUAUCCAGGACGAACACCUCAUAUUCAUUAUCGAGUCCACACUAAAAAUGGAAACGUCGCUCAUAUCGGUCAAAUAUUUUUCGACGAGUUCACAAGUAACAUUAUCCAUUCAACGUUCCUUACAAUACAAGUCCCGUUAAGCUUAGCGAUAAAUCCGAUCAACCUUUGAUUAGAAAUGAAAU